CUAAUCGUUUUCGGUACUAUAUAUACAGCCGCGGGCAGAAUAGUUCGCAAUAUUGUCACCAAGUUACCUCGAGAGUAUCCAAUUAUACCAACUAUCAGAAAAAUGAAAUCGGUAAUCGUUGUAGUUGUGGCCCUCGCGGCUUACACUUUGGCAGCACCCACGUACAGUGCGGAGUACUUUAAAGUGCACGAACAAUGCCAAGCUGAUGAGAAACUCCGCAUCCAAAACAUGACCGUGUUCGAGCAGUUGGAGUACGAGAAAUUGCCGGUGUCUCAGGUAGACAUCCCUGCCAACUUCGACGACCACAUGGCGUGCAUGUACGAGAACCUGGGCUUAUUUAACGAUAACGGCGACAUCAUUGUAUCCGUCGCCGCCGACAAAUUGAAGACUUUGUUCAGCAAGCCAGAAGUUGCCACCCAGAUCGUCACCGCUUGCGGAGGCAUCGCUAACGAGUCGGACGAUCUUGCAGAAACCGCCGGACUCUUCUAUUUCUGUACUCUAGAGUACUACGCAUAAUUGUAUUUCAUACCUUAAAGCGUGUAAACAAUUAGCUUUCAUUAAAAUUUCAUAAUUUUUGA